AUGGACGCCUUCCCAGCCAACUCCCUCGAGCACCCCUUCCUCGGCCCAGACCACGAUCUAGCAACCCGGGGCCACCGCGGUUCGUCUCCACACCGGAUCUCCCACGAACUCGACCUGCACAUCCCCGACUUUGGUACGCUCUCCGGUGCCGGAAGCGCCCCUGAUCAGCCUUCCUUCGACACGUCGGGUGACAGGUCCCAGAGCUUCGGCGACGCCCACGCCGCUGACACCCUCGUCAACCUUGCAAACUGGUCGUCUCCAACCCACUUUGCCAACUACGACGCACUACAAUCCACUAUUUGCCCUGAAGCCGUACGCCCCUACACGGCCGGUGAGCCCGACUACAGCGUCUUUAACACUCCACCGUCCUACGCCAGCAUCUCCGACCAUUCCAGUUCAAGCAGCUUCGCAAUGCCGACUCCCACCCACUUCGACGUCCCAAUUCAUCCGGACGUGUUCGAGGCCGAACCCAGGUACGACCUCACUCAGCCCAAGGACGACCUUAACGGGCAGUACGACAAUUGGCCUCUGCCUUCCUCUGAGGUUCCUGCCCGGUCCGAUCUCCCGCCGUCUUCAGUUCCUCGGCCUUGCGGGAGCUCGUGGCCUAUAGACCCAGACUUCUCCGGUCCUCCCAGUCGUCGUGCACCCAGUCCCAGCUUCUCAACGGCCUCCUCCGCGACCUGGACGGACAUGCCCAAGUCACCUUCCACCCGUCACUUUUCAUCCCAACUGGUUCCGGCGCCUCUCAAGUUCCGCAGCACUCAUGCAGUUAGCGAGGACCUUAUCUCCCCCGCACUCUCGAUGCCCACACGCGACACCAAAAAUCACGUCCAGGGCUAUGGUAACGUGGAGAGCUCGGGGAUUGACAGCCCCUCACAGGUGUACCAACAGUUAACCGGCUCACUGGAAGAGCCAGAGCCAACCGACGUUGACACUGACGAUGACGGGGAAUACGUGGACAACCUCGACAACGACGAAUACAAGCGCCCUGUGCAGGUAAGGGGCCGACAGAAGCAGAACCACCGGAAGACAUUCAAAGUCGGCCUCUGGGACACCAUCAACGACAUUUCCUUCCGUCAGUGGAUCCACUGGUCUGAGGAUGGCAAGUGCGGAGAGAUUCCCGACAAGAGCAAGUUCCAGGGCAGCAAGGCCAUGCGAGCUAUCACCGACGCCAAGGACUUCGGUGGCUUUGUCCGCCAACUGCACAUGUCGUGUGGCUUCCGACACGACAACUUUCGCCGUGGCCGCUUCGACCUUCUGGAGCAGAUGAAGCGCAAGGGCGAGACCAAGGUCCUCCGUCAAGUUACUAAGCCAAAGCCCAAGCCCAAGCUCAAGCCGUCCGCGCGUGCCAAGAAGCACAAGGUGGCUGGGGCGGCCAAGAGCUCGGCCAUCAAACCCAGGCCCAAGGCCACGCCUACACACCAGGGUGUCCCCGGUGUCCGCAGGUCCAAGGGCCCAGUGAAGAACGUCUCUGACUCCGAGAGCGAGGGAUAUGAUCCCACCAAUGAUCUCGAAGCCAUCUUCAAUGCUCCUGCCACCAAGCCUUGCUACACCGCGGCCGUCGGACCUAGCCGCAUGAUUCACAAGCAGAGUGCCGAGCGCGACUCUCAGGUUCUAGCCGCUCCGAAACGCAGCAGAGCCUCCAAGCAGACCGCUCCUGAUUCUAAAGGUCCUCUCACGACCCCGGCGCCACAGCAGGCCGUGGGCCCGUCGACCAAGGCUAUCCUCAAAGGCUCCGUGAAGCGCCGCGCCCCCACUCCCGAUCCUAUUUCCAGCCCAACCAAGCAUGCGAAGGUCGCCCGGUCGCGUUCCAAGGGGAUGCGUAUGUAG